AUGUGCGGCGAGCGGCUUGACAGCGUGACGUCAGCGUUCGUGCGCACCUGCCGCGUCGGCGUGUGCCGCGGCAAGUACCCCAAGGCCCUGGUCAAGGCCUGGAAGGCCUGGGACAAGGCCCACACCUCGGAGAACGACGCCCUGGAGGGCCUGCCCGCGGGGCAGCUCUUCUGCGUGCUGGCGAUGGAGGAGGCGGGCCGCGACCUGGAGGCGUACCGCAUCAGCAGCUUCCACCAGGCCCGCAGCGUGCUGCUGCAGAUCACGCUGGCGCUCGCUGUGGGCGAGGAGGCGCUGGGCUUUGAGCACCGGGACCUGCACUGGGGCAACGUGCUGCUGCGCGCGGCGCCCAGCCUGACCACCAGCUGCCGGCUGCGCGGCAUGGACGUCAGCGUGCAGACGCAGGGCGUGCUCGCGACGCUGAUCGACUUCACCGCGUCGCGGCUGCAGACGCCGGCCGGCGACGUCGCCUUCUGUGACCUGUCUGCCGACCCCGAGCUCUUCCGGGGGCCUAAGGGCAACUGCCAGGCUGACACCUACCGUCGAAUGCUCAAGCUCACGCGCGGCCAGUGGGCCGCCCCCCACCCCGCCACCAACACCCUGUGGCUGCACUACAUGGCCGACACCAUGCUCAACGCCAAGGCCCCCGCCGGCGCCGGCUGGCGCGCCGACGAGCGGCGCGCGCUGCGCGACUUCCGGCGGCGCGCGGCCGGGUACGGCAGCUGCCAGGAGGCAAUUUGGGACGAGCUGUUCGAGGGGCUGUGGGUGGCGCAGGCGCGGGACGGGGCGUGA